AUGUCACUCCGCAUGGCCGCACAGAUGACGAAAUUGACCUCACACCACCUACAGGACCAACCACUCCUCCGCCUUCCCCAUGAGCUCGCUCGCAGAAACUUCAAAUCCGUACAAAGAGCUGUAGAACGAGAGAAAGAAUAUGUCAUUCCAGCACUCAAGGACACCGCCAAUGCAUCGCUCUCCAACACACAAACUCCUGACCAGACACUCGCCGCUCUCGAUGCGAUGAUUUCCAGAAUGCAGGGUCUGAAGCGCAAGAUGGAAGGACUGCAAGAGGAAGAGAAGAAGAUCCACAAUCAAUCUCGCAAACGUAUCCAGCACCUCGAGGCGUUGCACAAGAUUCCGAGUCUGGCCGACGUCAAAUAUGACCAAUGGUCGCGAGUUCGGUUGGACCGUUUACUGGUAGACCACAUGCUACGCUCAGGAUACUCAGACAGUGCCCAGAAGCUUGCCAAAGAGAGAAGCAUCGAGGAUCUGGUGGACCUCGGUGUGUUCACCCAGUGCCAGCGAGUGGUCGAGAGCCUGCGCAAACGAGAAACCAAAGAGGCCCUUCAAUGGUGUGGUGAGAAUAAGGCUGCAUUAAAGAAGACUCAGCACAAUCUGGAGUUCGAGCUCCGGCUGCAACAGUACAUCGAAAUGGUCCGGACACAGGACAAGUCCAAAAAGGUCGAAGCCAUAAUUCACGCCAAGAAGUAUCUGGUGUCGAAUCAACAGUCCCAGAACACGGAGAUUAUGCGUGCUGCUGGACUGCUUGUGUUCACACAAGACACGAGAGCUGAACCUUACAAGUCUCUUUUUUCUUUGGAUCGCUGGAGUUAUCUUUCAAAUCUCUUUGUUAAAACCCAUCACGAGCUGCUCUCCUUGCCCUCGCAGCCAUUACUACACAUUGCCCUUUCAGCUGGACUGUCGGCACUCAAAACACCCUUAUGUCACUCUGCAUACCAAUCAUCCAGCUCCAACUCACAGUCAACGUCAACAUCUGUGUGCCCUAUUUGUUCCACCGAACUCAACGAUCUAGCCCGCAAAAUGCCAUAUGCUCACCACUCAAAGAGCUAUGUGGAAAGCGACCCAAUAGUUCUUCCAAACGGACGAGUCUACGGAAAGCAUCGACUGAUUGAAAACAGCACAAAGAUUGGCUCAGUCGAAGCAGGCAAGGUCAAAGACCCAACGACGGGCGAGAUCUUCAGUGAAUCGGAUAUGAAGAAGGUCUACAUCAUGUAA